AUGGCGAAGAUAAGUCCAGAAAUUGAAGAAAAUAUGCAGGGAGAAGUAAUUUUUCCUGUUUCAGCGGAUGUGAGCUUUGCUUCUGAUGGAUUUCCAAAAUAUAAAUUAGGACCUGAUAACCAGAUUUUGGAAGAGCCAAAAGAGGACAACAAGGGUCCAUCUUUAAAGGAGGUCGUUGAACAGGAAACUACGCAGCUGUCCGAUCAGCACAAGCGACUCUCAGUUCGAGACCUUGCUUGUAAAUUCGACAAGAACUUGACUGCUGCUGCUAAGUUGGCUGAAGAGGCAAAGCUUAGAGACGUGGCUUCUUUGGAAGGACAUGUUCUUUUAAAGAAGCUUAGAGAUGCCCUGGAAUCUUUAAGAGGUCGUAUGGCAGGGCGAAACAAGGAGGAUGUGGAGAAAGCCAUCUCUAUGGUGGAGGCAUUAGCGGUUAAAUUGACUCAAAAAGAGGGAGAAUUAAUUCAAGAAAAAUUUGAAGUGAAAAAGCUGGCUAACUUUCUUAAACAGGCUUCUGAAGAUGCUAAAAAGUUAGUGAACCAAGAAAAAUCUUUUGCUUGUGCUGAAAUUGAAAGUGCCAGAGCUGUGGUACAAAGGAUUGGAGAGGCCCUAGAUGAAGAAGAAAGGGAAGCUGAAAGUUUGAAAAACCAGGCUGCUGAUAUGGAAGAACUAGUUGAGGAGGUUCAAGAGGCUAGACGAAUUAAAUUAUUGCAUCAGCCUAGCAAGGUUAUGGACAUGGAGCAUGAGCUUCGCGCACUACGAAAUCAAAUUCGGGAGAAGUCUAUAGUUUCAGUUAAACUUCAGAAAGAGCUGGCAAAAAGCAAGAGAGCUGAACAGAAUAAAUCUGCACCCUAUGUCCUAGAUGGUUCUGAAACUCUAGGUUCAUCUCUACAACUCAAGCCUCGUUCCGAUAGUUCUCUGCUUCUUUCGAAGUGUUCAGUUCAGUGGUACCGUGUAUCACCUGAAGGCAGCCAAAAUGAAGUCAUUUCAGGUGCCGAUAAAACAUCUUAUGCUCCCGAACCAUUUGAUGUUGGCCGAGUAUUGCAAGUGGACAUUGUUUCAAAUGGCCAGAGAAUCUCUGUAACAACUACUGGUCCCAUUGAGCCUGCUGCAGGAUUGGCAACUCAUGUAGAGAAUCUUUUGAGAAAAUCUAGCUCUGAAUUUAGCGUGGUUAUUUCCCAGAUGAAUGGACAAGAUCAUCCAUCACACUCUGUUCAUGUAUUUAAUGUGGGAAAAAUGAGGAUAAAGCUUUGCAGAGGGUGGAUUACAAAGGCUAGAGAAAUUUAUUCAGCAUCGAUGCUGUUAUGUGGAGUUAGAACCAAUGGCAACACUGCUGCAAAAUCAUUGUUUUGGCAACCAAGGAAGGGCCUUUCCUUCAUGUUAACAUUUGACUCAGAGCGACAUAGGAAUGCAGCGAUAAUGCUCGCCAGGAAAUAUGCUUAUGAUUGCAAUGGGGUCAUACUUGCCGGGCCGGAAGAUCAAGCAUAG